UCCGCGCACCCUAACCAUGUCGUACUUUCCUAUAACGGUCCUCCUGACCCUCGCGGUCACUACCAAUAUCCACGCCGGCGAUGUAACUUCCGGCCUUAUGGAGAAGCUCAAAGCGAACGGCAAGGCCGACGCCGUGCUCUCCAUGCCAUCCAUCAUGUCCUCCGUCCUGUCCAAUCCAAUGAUGUCGCUACUCUCGGGCAACGAUAAGACCAACUUCAUGACCGGUCUGAUGAAGCAGAUGACCUCGGCAUCCCAAGCCCCGUUUCUCAACGCCCUCCAAAGCCUUGGCGUCAAGGACACGCAACCUUUCUGGGUCGCCAACAAGAUUUCCAUGAAGGGCGUCGGUGCUCCUGUUAUCAACGCGCUUUCCGCGCUUCCUGGCGUGUUCGAGAUUCGCGAACCCUUCCGCGUCAAUCUAGUCAACCCCGUGGAACGAGGUGACAAUUCAAGCUUCUCCCGCAGAUCGGGCGACGCUCAAUGGGGCGUUCAGAGAAUCGGGGCUUGCUCCGUGUGGGACAGGACGAAAGGCGAUGGCGUCCUGGUCGCCAAUAUCGACACUGGAGUAGCAGCCGACCAUGAAGCGCUGUCAGGAAAUUAUGCUGGAAAGUUUCAUGAUGCUUAUGGCGGUCACACUGAGGACGAACCUUAUGAUGAUGGAGGUCACGGGACCCACACGAUGGGGACAAUUUGCGGACAAACUAAUGGCAUUGGUGUUGCCCCCGACGCGAGAUGGGUUGCUUGCAAAGGUCUCGGAAACGAUGGCGGGACAGAAGUCAUGUUAUCCGAGUGUGCCCAAUGGAUCCUUGACCUCGAAGAGAAACCCGUCGUGGUUUCCAAUUCCUGGGGCGGUGGCCAGGCCGGCAAAUGGUAUAAUGACGAAAUCACUGCUUGGCAACAGGCCGGUAUCGUUCCAGUUUUCGCGAUCGGAAAUUCUGGACCAAAUUGCGGAACUGCCAACUCUCCAGGAGAUCAGCCAAACUUGAUCAGUGUCGGCGCCACACAACAAAGCAACGAUAUCAUGGCGAAAUUUAGCAGUCGUGGUCCAUUGAAAGGAACCAAAACGAUUAAACCGGAAGUAGCCGCACCUGGACAGAAUGUCUUGUCCGCCUGGCCGGACGGUUCUUAUCAAAGCUUGAGCGGAACAUCCAUGGCAACGCCUCAUGUCGCUGGCGCAGUGGCUUUGAUGAAAGCGGCAAAUCCAAGUAUCACCUAUAAGCAGAUUUACCAAAAGUUGACCAGCACGACCGACAAACCUACAGUGGCCAGUGGGGACUUGAAAUGCAGUGGCAGUACGAACCAAAAGUACCCGAAUAAUGCAUAUGGUUAUGGCAGGAUCAACGUGGCCAAGGCUAUGGCAUAAGCACAGAAGGAUUUAUUAGUUUACAUAAUUCGUAGAAAAGUGUGGAUCUAAUUAAUUUUCAAACAUUUGUAUAGGGACAGUUGGUCCAUGAAUUAAUUGGCAAUAAAAUUUUAAAAUGUGUCAUGUUUUCAUAAA